AUGAAUAACUUUGAAGAGGAGCUGACGUGUUCUGUCUGCUAUAAUAUAUUCGAAGAUCCUAGAAUCCUGCCAUGUUCACAUACUUUUUGUAGGAGCUGUCUUGAAAGUGUUAUAAAUUCUCUAGACAGCUUCCUGUGGAGACUAUCCUUGGUCCGUCUCAAAUGCCCAUCCUGCAGGAACGUAACUGAGCUCUCCCCUGCAGGGGUUAAUGCUCUCCCCAUAAAUUUUGCUCUAAAGUCAAUUAUUGAAAAAUAUAAAACCGAGGAACAGCACAGUAUGGCAACCUGUCCGGACCACCACAGGCAACCACUGAAUGUGUUUUGUCUUAAAGAUAGAAAGCUGGUAUGCGGCCAAUGCUUAACAGUAGGACAGCACCAAGGGCAUCCUAUUGAUGACCCAGAGAGUGCUUAUAUAAAAGAGCGAGAAACGGCUUCGAAAUUCCUGGCAGCGUUAAGUGAUAAAAGCUUUACGGGUGUUACGGCAGUAAUACAAACUUUAGAGGAGCAGAUGACGCAUUGUAAGAGUGUUGUUCAGGAAGAUAAGAGAGAGGUGCUGAGUUUUUUUGAAGGGAUAAGUGACAUUUUAGAGCAAAAAAAACAGGGUCUGCUUGCGGCUCUUAAUAAUGUCAACAAGGAAGUGUCUGAGAUCUAUGCACCGCAGAUAGAGCAGAUGAAGCAAAUUGAAGACGAGCAGUUGGACAUCAUUUCCUUGUGCAGUUCCACAUCAGAAGAGUCAUCCCCGUUAACAUUUCUUGAAAAUAUUCACAAAAUCCGACAGAGAAUGAAAGCUCUGAAAAAGCAGCCUCUUAUUCCUGUCCAGUCAGUUGAUAUCUACCCCAGAGUUGGAAAAGUUUUAACGAGCGAAUGGAUGGAUACAAGUUUAGGGGAAAUUCACUUAAAACCCUUACCGAAAAUAAAUCUCCGCUUUGAAAAUAAGAACAGUUCCAAGUCCAAUCCAGGCUAUCAAAUAUAUAAAUGUAUUUUGCUUACAAUUCUUUGGGUUUUUGUAAUCUUGUGUAUUUGGAACAUGGACUUAUUUUUUAGUUUUGAGAAUGGUAACUGGAAACAACAUAUUUCUGAGAACAUGCAGACACUUGCAAACAACAUGUGCAGCAACCUGGAUAAUGUUAAAGCUGGUUCACGUGUAAUUCGGGAGCUAUUUUGCUGACAUACUAUGCAUCUAACAACAUUUAUGGAUUUUAAUAAUGCAAUGCAACUCUAUUUUCACCUUCUGUGUCCUUACUAAACAACACUUGUGGAUAUUUAUCUAAGAAUUUCCUGGAAACAUUAACGAGCUGGCCUUAAGACUUUGAAAAAUAAAUCUGAGGUUCUAUGUGGAGUCUUGCUACUUAUUGUGAAUACGUUUUUUUAACGGCAAGCAUUUUAUUUAAGGAUAUCCUUAACUGCACCUUUUGUUUCUUAGCAGGGACUUAUGUGAUCUCAUAGUAGGAACUAGACCUGCGUAGAAAAGUACUUGGAGCGGUUGGUCCUAAUCAAAUUUCUUUUAAUCCACAGAAUUUUUUCACAAGUCUAGCAGGAAUGGCAAAUAUCAUUGUGGUGUCUGGUGGCGUUUACCAUUUUGGCCAAAAAAAUACAAUUGCUUGUAUAGUAUAAAACCCUAUAAUGUCUCUGCUCAAGAAAGUACAAGUGUCAGUAUUCCGAAAUGAAGUUUAUCCACUAAACAAAGAAUUGUAGUGAUUUUAAAUCGGUAUGGUAAAAUUCUGGCUACUUAUAACUGAGAUGCCAUUCAUGUUUUAUGAUAUAAUUCUGAGACUUCGCUGACAUUUUGUUCCCUUGUUUAACAUUAAACAUUUGUCCCAACUUA